GCUAGUUCGUCUUUGGAAGCUUUGCAGUUUUUAUGCUGGAGGCGGAAGAAAGCGAGCAAGAGUAAAUAAUAGAGCAGACGGGGACGUCGAAGACAUCGGCAACGACAGCACAGCAGCAGCAGAGUCCAUCAGAUCAGGGAUAGACAAUGUCUUCAGUCUCUGAGAGCUCCGUGGAGGAGUCGGACUCCAUGUACUCCGAUGUAAGUUUGGUGCUGUUCUUCCUGCGCUGAGGAUGCGAAACUGAUAGAACUCUAGGUCUCACCAGCUCCUCCGAGCCAUCUCCAUGACGUUGAAAUCAUCGAAAUAGACAGCAGCGAGGAUGAUGGAUACGAAAGGGACGAUGGGAGACAGGCCAUAGAGCUGGAUGAUGGAGAUUCUGAAGAGCAGGACUCUGAGGUUGUGACGGAUAAUGAGUUUGAGGCGCGGCCUGGUUUCGGUGACGACGCCUCAAUGGAGGACGAAGAGGAUGAGGAGGACGAAGAUGUUGAUGAGGAUGAUGAAGAUGAGGAGAGCCGUGAUGCAGAAGAAGAUGUAGAGAGUGUUGGAGAUGUCUGGAAGCUGAACGGAGUUCAUCACAAAGGUAUCAACGGCACAGCACCUGCACCUGCACCGGCCUCUCAUCCAUCUAAACUUCGCACCGGUAGGUUAAAUCAAAGGAGUUCGACUUCAUUAACCACUUUUGCUACACUAAUGCUAAUGCAUGUGAGUAUAGAAACUAUCACGCUCUCUGAAACUCCCGAACCACCCCUCCUUCUACCGACAGGUGUAAAAGACGCGCUUCAUCCACUACAACACACUGCAGAUCGAGUUGUCAAACAGAUAGAAGCCUAUGCGCAAAGUCUAGACAAUUUUAGGCGGCAAGGCCUCCAACCGGGCGAUACCCGGGCAUUCCAAGAAGCCUGCAAGCUUGUGAAGAAGUACCAGCAAAUUGCUGAAGAUACUGCGAAGGAACUAUCACAGCCCACCGGCGCUCGAAGAUCACUCAAAUCUUCCACCCUAAUGAACCUAAGUCAGAGUUACAAGCCUAAUGUGUCGGUUAGCAAGGAUGAGGAGGCCAGUAUCAGACGUUGGCAAUUAGAGGCAGACACCUGGGGGUUGGUCUUCCAUCUGCUUGCAGUUGGUGACCCAGAGUCGCACAUGCAGGCGCAGCUUAAUCAGAAGACAGCAUUGCAAACACUCCAUAGAUACUCGACGGACCACGAUAUCUGGGAGACCUUUCUGAGAACCGACCAUUUCGCUGUUGAGAAUGCGGUCAUGCUCAAAUGGCUAGAAAACACUGCAAGGGCUGGCAUUGAAGUCAUGGACUCGACGAUCUCCAAGUUGGAAAUGGAUGCAAACAGAGGUGAGGGGUUAUGGGCUCAUGGGUGGUUAUACACAAAAGAAGCUAUCAAGGGCGCGAAACGAUUGCGGUCAUGGCCCCAACCUCUCGAGCCUGACGACCCGAGCGUUACUGCGUCUCUUUUAAGUUCGUCCCACAACGAGCCUCUAAUUACUCAACUUGAUCCCGACGCGGUUACUCGACAAGGCCUCGGUCUCCAGAAACAAGAUCAAUCCUUUGAAGAGGCAACAUGGCUAGAAUGCUGGAAGAUGAUUAGAACUGGCAAGGAUUGGCUGUCUAUUCGGGCAUGGGCUAAGGAGCGUCUUGAAAGCUGGCGAGCAAUAAGUUUGUGUGGUUCAGCUGGGGAUUCGUCACUAUCGGCUAAGGAUCCUUCUCACUCCAGCCUUCUUCGGAUGAUGAAUUACCGCUCUCAGGAAUCUUGGAGAGCUGCUUGUUCAGUCCUUGCCAAUAACCCGAAUUCUAACCGCUACGAACGGGCUGUUUAUGCCCUGAUAUCUGGAGAAACCGGUCCCGCAUAUGAAGUCUGCCAAAGCUGGAGUGACUUCGUUUACGUCAAUUGCAACCAUACUCUACUUUCCCGGUACAGAGACUUCUGCAAACAACUUCAGCGGAAACUCAGCUACGCUCCGAAGGCCGAGGUCGAGCUACGUGUUGACCCUCCACAGUAUGACAGCAUACGCAACUUCCUGGAUACAUUGGUCAAAGAUCCACGAACGGCUAAAGAGUCUAAAAACCCAUACUGUACCAUACAGGCUGCGAUAUUGGGCCGGAGCUAUGACCAGUUCUUCAACCUCCAGGCGAAUGCUUUGGCCAAAGUAGCGCAAGAGAGUGGAGAGCCUACUCUUAUACCCGACAUUAGCUCCAUGCGAACCUUUGACCAGCCAACAUUAAUUGCGGCGAAGGAUCAUGAUUCUCUACGGCUUACGGCGCACCUAUAUCUCAUCUUGCGGGCUGUCGGGCUGGUCCGUUCCGACUCGCAUUACUCUGCCACCGCUUCUGUCAACGUGGUGAGGUAUAUCGACUUCCUCCGAGAAUAUGGGGCAACCAGGGAUAUUCCGCUCUAUGCAUCCCUUCUUCCCCGCGACAUGGGCAAUGAAGUCCUUGGAAAGGUUCUCAUUGAAGUGACUGAACCAUCUGAACGAGAAUCACAUAUUCAGAUGAUGAAACGCCUCAAGAUUGAUACGUCUGCAAUGAUUCAAAGCCAAUGGCGAUGGGUCCUGACGGAAGCAGAUAAGAAAUUCAACCCGAAACCAAUUAAGCUUGUGAGAACAGUUACUACCGGCGGUGAUAGACCAGGAAAGAUUGGACAUAUCAUGAAGGGAUUCAUUUCAAAGUCCAAAAUCUCACCGGAAGAUGAGAACCUGAUUCGUUGUAUUGACUGGCACCGAUAUAUCAGUGGUCAGUGGUCGAGAAUAUGCAUCCUUGGAACACAUCUAUACAAGCGAUUUAUCAGUGAGUUUCCCCUGCACUCUGCAGAUUCGCUAGACACGCUUUCUAAUGGGGACUAUUUAGCUGCUGGUAAAAUCUCUACUGCUCGCGAAAUGUAUAAGCGCGCAAAACUGCAUCAGACACUUGUGGACAUGACCAACCGUGCCCAAGGACCAUUACUGGAUCCCUUGACAAAAAACGGUGUUUCUAGUCCCACGUUGGACAGCGCUUCUGAGCAGCAAAAGGCUAAGGCGACGGAGAAGCUUACGCGCGAGCAGCUUCUGAUGCAGGCCGAAACGAUGUUAGAGCUCGAGCAGCUCAUUCAGUCCUUUGAUGCCAUUGAAAAAUGGGGAGAUCUGAUGGACGAUUAUACAAAGUACGUUGCUGCGCCUCCGAUCAUCAGCAGCUGAUGCAUGAUACACUAACCGGACUUGAGUAUAGUUGCUCUGAUGCUACGCAGAAGCCUGCAAUAAAGAAGAAACUCCACCCCGCUCUGGAUGCAAUCACCCAUGCGAUAGAACCUCUUUGUACCGAAUGGCUUAUCCAACCAAUUGAUGACGCCGAGGCGAAAGAACUCGCCUUCAUACGAUCAACCUAUCUCCCGGAGAUUAUCCUGGCAUACCACACUGCCCUCUAUUAUGCAGGACACAUACUUGGUCGUGAAAUCCUUGCUCAGUGCAUGACCCUCGCCACUGUAGUUUCAUCAUCGGCAAUCAUAACAGAAAGUUUUAUGGCAUCAGGCCGAAUGGGCGAGCUCGUCGAUGCGCUUACCCUGUCUAGCUUCGCGAUGAUGGGCACAGGGCAAUCUAAAUUGAAGCGCAAACUUCCCAACGGAGGUACCAACGAUAUUUGGAGGAUCCGACCAAUUAAACUUGAUGAGAAUGAGGAAGACGGGCAAGACGAUGCCCAUGAUGACAAGAAAGUCAAGCUUAGCGUAGGCGAGAAUGGUGUCGAUGGGAACCAUAUCUCCGGAGUUUCAACACCGACUGCAGUCCCUGUGGUCUAAAGAAGGCUAGAGGUAAUCUGGUCUUGACAGGACGCGGACGUCCCUUUCAUAUGUUUAAAAAAAAUGUCUGAUGCUCUUUCACUUUACUUCAUUUCAUACCUGGCGUGUACUGGCAACCUCUUUUUGAUUCCCUUUAUCAUUUCACUUUCCGUUUGAUUACCCGACUAGGCGACGGUCCCGACAUUUCAUACAUAGGCGCAGGCAGCGGUGGAAAGAUGAUCUGUUGUAUUAUAGCCCUCAUAAUCACUAAAAACUCAGUCAAUGUUGUGAAUUGCAUACCUAUUGUUCUUUCGAUUUCUCUUUUUCUAUGUCUACUCAACACGAAGCAGUUUGCUGACCAUAUAUUUUGCCUAUUGAAAAGACCGCCUGCAAUCGCCUUCAUUAGCUUUUUUCUACUCUGUACGGAGGAUACGGUUAUGAGCUGAUAAUCAGCCAUCAAAAACUAGUAGACAUAGUAAGUAUGCAUGGUAAAGAACCCAAGAAUGAUCUCUCAUGAUAUUAUUGACUCCAUCAGGUUAAUCAUCAUCAACUUGGGGGCCCUCAGUACGACGUGCUGGCCCCUAUAUCGUAUGGGUAUUAAUUUCGGCUGCCCCAUCAGUACCCGUGCCUGAACAGGGAUACAAAACCUUCGCUUACUUCAGUAGUAUCGAAAUAUCGAAAGCAACCAACCAAAUUCGAGUUAACGCUGCCUUGAUAAUAGUUAACCUUCCAAGGCUUGGAAGACCUGGGAUUCUGGAAGGGAUGGAAGCUUUCCCUUUUGUUUUCCCGUUUGUUGUUCUGCAGAACAGAUCAACCCUCACUCGAAACCUGCCUUGCUGGAGGACUUGUCUUCGAAGCCCGGAAACUCCUUGACGCUCCCUUUUUGCCGGCUCAG